GGGCACCGGGGCGGGGGGCGGAUCCCGCCGGGCUGCCCCGGACCCCGCCCCGGGCGCUGCCAGGCGCCGCCCCGGCCGCAGUCCGCGCGCAGCAUGGAGCCGCAGCUCGGCUUCCGCGGCCGCCGGGCCCUGGUGACUGGGGCCGGCAAAGGGAUCGGGCGCGCCGUGGCCGUGGCGCUGAGCAGGGCUGGGGCCCGCGUGACCGCGCUGAGCCGCACCGCGGCCGACCUGGAGAGCCUCGCGCAGGAGUGCCCCGGCAUCGAGCCCCUGUGCCUGGACCUGGCCGACUGGGAGGCCACGGAGGCGGCGCUGGGCCCGGCGGGGCCCUUCGAGCUGCUGGUGAACAACGCGGCCGUGGCGCUGCUGCAGCCCUUCCUGGAGGUGACCCGCGAGGCCCUGGACCGGUCUCUUGAUGUGAAUCUUCGAGCUGUGCUUCAUGUUUCCCAGAUUGUUGCUCGGCAGAUGAUUGCACAAGGGGUGCCAGGUGCAAUUGUAAAUGUCUCUAGCCAGGCAUCUCAGCGUGCUUUGCGGGAUCAUGCCGUCUACUGUUGUACAAAAAGUGCUUUGGAUAUGCUGAGCAAGGUAAUGGCAAUGGAGCUGGGACCCCACAAGAUUAGGGUGAACACUGUGAACCCCACAGUAGUUAUGACUGACAUGGGGAGAAUUAACUGGAGUGACCCUCAGAAAUCUGCUGCCAUGAUUAAUCGGAUUCCGCUGGGAAAGUUUGCAGAGGUGGAUGAUGUCGUGAACAGCAUUCUCUUCCUGCUCAGUGACAAGAGUGCUAUGACAACUGGCAGCUCAUUGAUGGUUGAUGGGGGAUUUCUUGUCUCCUAAGAUGACAAAUGCAUUUCACACCUGGCCUUAAUUUUCAUACUAAUACUGCAUAGAUGUAAACUGGAUGGAAAACAGUAAGUGGCACAGACCCCAUGUUGCAGGAGAAGAGGGGCAGCAGGGCUGGAACCUGUAUGAGAAGUGAGGCAGAAAAUUACCCCUAGGAGGCUUCUAUAUAAUAAAGCUCACAUACGCUGUCA